CCUUCGCGACCGAACACGCGGACCCGUCCCCCUCAUUCUAAAUAUAGAAGUUACAAAAGAGCACGAGAUCGAAUCCGGCCGAGAUUUGUACGCCCCGCAUGCUCUUUCGCCAGUACGAUCUUCUCUCUUUUCGACGUUCCAUUUUAAACAGCAAAAGUGCAGCGGGGCGCAAGUAACGGUCGUUGCUCGGGGAGGAAGAGAAAGAACGUGCGCGAGGGGAAGGCAAAGGCAUCUCCGCGCUGCUCCGUGCUUCUCUCUCGUGCAUCGUGUUCCGCGUUCGAGCGACUGUUCGCGCUCGAGAGCGUCCGGUCAGUGAUCAGGGUCGAAACGAAACGCGCUCCAUCCUUUCUCUCGUCCUUCUGGUAUCGCCGUCUCGUGCUAAUCGUCUCGCGCAGCGGUGGACCGCGUAGUCCAGCACCCAGUAGUCGUGUACGUCGCAACCGUCGGGAACGACGGCCGGAGUGGCUGCAUUGCUGCAAGUGUCGGGCGGAGUGGUGGCGUAAUCGCGUAAUCGCGAGAGCGAGGAAGUGGUGUGUGCGUGACGACAGCGGUUUUCAGCGACGACGGUGACUCGCUCGCGCGCGUGAACGCGGCGCGACGGUAAAACCCUCGAGGAAGCAGGAACGUUACCACGCGUGCAUGCGAUGUUAGCCGCCGCUCGUCGGCCGAACGAGUUCGUCGCGCGACGUGUUGCACCUUCGUUUCCCCUUCCCCGCGCGUGCGUCCCCACGCCAUGCCGAUGUGAGUCGGCGGACGAUCAUCAUCCCGGGCUACUACGAUAAAUCGCGACGCGAUAUUUGGAAUAUCACUUGGCCACAAGCGGAAGCGCGCGCGCUCCACGCAUUCCCAAAGGCGUCAGCAUCAUGUUCUGGACGAAUAAUUACGUGUCGUCGCCGCAUAUCGAGGCAUUGCUCAACAAGGAGGAUGUCACCCUGCACGAGUUGAUGGAUGAGGAGGACAUCCUUCAAGAAUGCAAGAGCCAAAAUAAAAAGCUGGUCGAAUAUCUCACGAGGCCUUCCGUUAUGGAAGAAUUGGUUACGUUAACCACUAAAGAACCAUCUAUGGACAUCGAAGAACGCUGGCGCUACAAGUAUCCUAAUGUUGCCUGCGAAUUGCUCACAUGUGAUGUGCCUACAUUGAAUGAGAAACUGGCAGGUGACGAGGCACUUUUGGCCAAAUUAUAUUCUUUCAUAGAUACAGAUCAGCCAUUAAAUCCACUACUUGCAUCAUUUUUCAGUAAAACUAUUGGAGUACUUGUUGCUCGUAAAAGUGAUCAGAAUUGGUAUUCCUAUCAGUUCACGUGCUUACAGGUUUUAGAAUUUCUUAAAAGUCGCCAGAGAUGUGUAGAUCUCCUGUUACAACAUAUAGAGACUUCGGCCAUCAUGGACUUAGUGCUCAAACUUGUUACUCAGGUUGAGGGCAGUGAUAUGCGUCAAAACAUAUUAAACUGGCUAGAUAGCCAACAUUUAGUGCAAAGACUGGUAAAAUUGUUAGCACCUACUUCAGAAGCAGCCAAACACGCUAACGCGGCACAAUUACUUUGCGACAUGGUGACGGUAGCUAGAGAAACUCAACGUACAUCUACGGAACGUGCUGAUCCAGAUCCUAUUUUAAAUACCUUAGAAUCAGGAGAAACUGUAAGCCUAUUGUUAGAAACUAUCCUAACAACAGAAAAGGUAGAGAGUAGUAUAGUCGGUGGAAUACAAGUGCUUUUGGUACUUUUAGGACAAAGAGUCAGCAAUGUAUCAAAUGAUGGAGAUGUACAUGGUAAUGGCGAAGAUACCACGGAUAAUGAGCAAUGUAUUAAAAUUUCGAAUGCUAUUUUGCCAUAUUUGGAGCAUCUUCAUAAACUUCUUCUAGACCCACCAUAUAAACCUGCCGUUAAAACAACAGUUGGAUUAUUAGAAUGUCCAUUGGGAAAUACUCGUUUGCAUGUAACAAAGUUGUUAAGCGCGUUAUUGGCGACGGAGAAUUUAAAAGUUCACGAACAUUUAGAAUUAUUGGGAACAUUCCAAAUAUUAUUGGAUCUGUUUUUCAAAUAUAUGUGGAAUAAUUUCUUACAUACACAAGUACAACAGUGCCUAGCCUUAGCAAUUAAUUGCGGACGAGAUGAUAUUAAUAUUUAUAAUAAUAUAUUUAUCAAGUGCAAAUUAAUAGAAAGAAUCUUAGAAGCAUGGAGUAAAAACGACAGUAAACAGAACAAGGAAAAUGGUGUUCGCCAAGGCUACAUGGGACAUUUGAUAAAUAUCGCAAAUAAUAUCGUCACCCAAUGCGAAAGAAGUAAUAUACUGGCCAGCUUCUUAAAGAACAAUUUAUCACCCGAGUGUCUUACUAAAUGGGAAGAGCUUGUGAGCAUACAAUUAGUGGAGAUUAAUAAAAUUCAUCAAACUGUAAUGAUGGGUGAUCAGACUCCAGUGUACCUGAUGAGUUCUGAGGAAAAUCCAAACGAGUACAACUCUUAUUCGCAAGAAACGUACAUUCAACAGAUGUACUCCAAUUAUCAGGGUCAACAAAUAACGCCUCCGCUCAUCGAGAACUUUGGAUAUCAUGAUGAUGAGUUCAACGAUGGUGACGAUGCGCUUCAUAAUCCAGUUGACCAAUUAACAACGUUGGCCUUUACUCUCAGUGAAGAAGAACUCGACAAGCGAGAAGAUAUGUUCAAUAAGCUGUGCCAACAAAAACAAAAAGCUGGGCUUGAGGAUUGCAGUAGUGGCCUAGAAUGGGGAGACGAGGGCGAGCUGACGUUCCAGACUGUGGUAGAUAAACGAGAUUGGCACUCGAAGCAACAGCAUCAGGAUUCUAGUUCAUCGGACGAGGAUGACGUGGAUCCACGCGACAUGCACAUGCGCGAUAUGGAGGUCGACGCGACUGAUCCUUGGGACACUACCGAACCGCUAAGCACUGGCACUAUACUUCCACCGGUAAAUCCAUGGGAUGUGGUACCGUCGGAACCAGUAGAAUCCACUGGCUGGGCCAAUUUUGAAAAUUUCGAGAAUACUUUGAGUAUAGAAAAUACCACCGUGAGUGAAGAUAAAAAGCCAUGCGAUGAGCUUAAAGAGAAAGCUUCAGAAUCAAUGGAUGCAAACUUGACAGAAAAAGAUACGCCUUCUAACGAAAGUGUUGAAGAUGGCAACGAAAAGAUUAAAAUUGUAGAUGGUCAAGUAGUCGAGACGGAAUUAGCAAUUGCAAAAACUAAUUCCAAUGACAGCGAAAGUGACGAACACAAAACGAUCUCCGCAAAUGAGAAUGUUAAUCCUAGUGAAUUACCGGUCAACAGAAAUUUUAAGGACACAGAGGAGACCGAAACCGUCGCGGAUAUGAAAGAGGAAAAACUUGGAGGUGCUUUGUUAUUUGAACAAGUUCCACCUGUUGUUGAUCAAGUUCCAGUUGCUUCAUCGGAAAGCACAUCAACUGGCACCGUUGACGCUGUGCCUAAAGAGAGUAAAUGAAACGUUCCCCCUGCCUAUGUUAAAUGAUUAAUGGCAAUAGGAAGAGAGAAUCAUAUCAGUAUCGAGUCGUACGCGAACGAUCGAAAGCAUAUAUUGCGCCUUCUCUAUUUUUCAUUAGAUCACGUUAAUUAUGCUUUAAGGAAACGUUGAUGCUAGGCAUAUUAUGGUCCCGCUGCAGGGUAUCUUUUUUGAAUAAAUCCGGAAUGCCGAAACAAAAUAAUCAACGCUCAACUACACUUAGCGAAUAAUUUGAUGUUUAUUACGUAUAGGUACGUCCUAUCCCCUUUCUACCCCUUCGACUGGUUGACACAUCUAUCAAGUACAUCCUUGCGAAAAUCCAAGUCCUCCCUCUACCCCAUAUAUUUUACAAUUAUUGUUAAGAAUUUCGUAAAUUGUUAUUUAUACGUAACUGAUAACUGAUUUUUAGCAAGGUAAAAAGGAGUAAAAAGUGGCGAGAAUAAAUUGCAACAAUGCGAUUUUUAUGCGACUUACAUAGACAAUUUGUAAAGACAGAAAGAAAGAAGAUGGAUAAAUCUCGCAUCCGUUUGCUUCACUCGCGACAUUUGAUGAUUUGACAUUUUUCACACGUACACACAUGUACACAUACACGGAACGUUAUAUGUUUACAUAUUAAGGAAGUGCAGAUAAAAAACGUAAGAGAAAAGAGUUAUCGUACGCUGUUUAAUAUUAUAUAAGACCGGUAUUUCACAAACUGGUGCUUUUGCUUAUUCCUUCGAUAAGGCAAAGGUACUUAGGUGCAGUGCCUACUGUUUAACUGAAUGUACGUUAGUUCAACGAUAUGAUACGAGCAGAAAAAAGAGGAGAAAGAGAAAAUCGAGAAUAUUUUUAUUACCUUUUUGUCAUAAUAAUCGGUCGAAAUUUGUACAUGAUAUCGUGUUAAUCGAGCUCCGGACGAACUUGCGCGCUUAUUUGCAUUCCAAAAUAAUAAUAAAAAGAAAGGGAAGAUUUAUACGUACCUUUAAGCGACCGUUGAAGUCUUUCAUCGAGAUCUUCCAGAAGUGAAAUAGUUAAAUUACAAGAACUAAUGUCAAAGUGCCGCGCAUGUUUCGAUCGAGCUGUCUUAUGUAUACCUAUCGUUCUUCGAAGAGAUUAUUCUGUGAAUUAUGUUACCUGAUUGUUCCGUGACUUUCUUCUGCCUCGCAGAUUUUGCAGCAGCAAUGUGUUUAUAUAGCGUUGUACACGAGAUAUUGUUCAUAAUUAAAUGAAAGAAAAAAAAA